CAGCAACUGAGCAUGACAACAAAUGGAGUUCGUAGUAUUGAUGUUGGUCUUUAAUUCUCUGCUGCGAGAGGGAUCACCUCUGUUCAUGGAUCUGCAUGUAAGUCGAAACAUUUUCAAAUGGGAAGACGCCAGAAAGUAUUGUCAGACAAAGAACGGACGCCUCAUUGUACUGGAUAGUCAGGAAAAGUGGAACUUCUACAAUACUCACGACAAAUACAAAAGCAACAAUCUGAGUGCAGGGUGGUAUUGGACUGGCUUGAGGUUUGAUGACACUGUUCAGUGCCACACAACUGGGGACAUGACAACAUGGGUAUAUGAUGGAUGGGCUAGAUGGUCAAACAGUGUCUCAGAGCCCAAUGCAUGCCCAUGGGAUCGGUGUAUUCGACUGCAGAACAAUUGGAUGUGGACAAGCAAGUGUAAAAUGAGAUGUAAAGCAAUAUGUGAAAUUGGAUGGAUUGACCCAAUGCGAUCAACAACAAUUGAACCAAUAUUUGAGACAACAGCAUCUGGUACCAACGAUACAUGCGAUACAUGCUGCUUCAAUGCUAACUACUCACGAAAACUCGACCAACACGAACGUGAGCAGAUCCAGCAUUCCUUAAGGGUUCAGUUGGCAGUGAACAAAACUGAUCUGUCUGCUCAGAGGCGUAAACUCAUCAGCGUGUAUGACUCUCGGCCAAGCAGUGUAGCCGUUGGAGGUCUGGCCUGUGUCAUUCUGGCCGCGAUAGUCGGAGUGAUCGUUGUACCAGAUAUCAUCUGUCUGGGCAGAUACAUGUUCAAACAGGUUUAG